GCAAUUUGAAAAUCGUUUUAUGUUAUGAAUCAUGCGGUUUAUAAUUUGGUUAGUCCUGGCAAUCGUGCUGCAUAACUUAAAUUCCAUAGAAAGCAUUAAUACCCAAACUAGACAUGUUGAAAUAAGCAGUAAAAUACGUGAUAACUGUUACAAAAGCACAGAAAUAUAUGCCCGAUCACUGCGAAAUGUUGUCCAUAUUCGCAAGGCUGCUUUAUUGAAUGCGGAGGAGGACGUUGCAGAGAGUAGCGAUGGUAUCAUUGACGGAUUUAAGUCUGCAAGUUUAAAAUCAGCACUUUCUGGAAGCGAUGGAGGACUUUCAUCCUCAUCAAUACCUUUUUUCGGCGAGGAAAUUAGAGAUUAUAAUGCAAAUAGCGUGUCUUCAGAUGCUAGAAACUUUAGCAAUAUAAUAACAAAUGUUAUUCACUUUGAUACUCCUUUAAAUCAUUUAGUCGUAGAUACAGUAACCGGACGGGUGUUUGUUGGUGGUGUAAACUAUUUGUAUCAACUUUCUCCGGAUCUAGAAUUGCACGAAACAGUAAAAACUGGUCCGAAAAAUGAUUCAGUUGAGUGCACAGUUUUAGACUGCCCUGCCCAUGCAGCGCGCAAGCCUACCGAUAACUAUAACAAAGUUCUACUAAUUGAUCGUGCGACUUCACGCUUAAUAGCGUGUGGGUCACUUUUUCAGGGCACAUGUACGGUACGUAAUUUACAAAAUGUAAGUAUUGUAGAACAGGAUGUACCGGAUGCGGUUGUUGCAAACGAUGCAAGUUCUUCAACUGUGGCAUUCAUAGCGCCAGGACCACCGCAACCACCUACUACCUAUGUUAUGUACGUAGGUGUUACAUACACAAAUAAUUCACCAUAUCGAAGCGAGAUUCCAGCUGUAGCAUCCCGUUCAUUAGAGAAAACUAAAAUGUUUCAAAUCGCGUCAUCGGCUGUAACAACAGGAACACGAACCUUCAUAAAUUCAUAUGCCCGUGAAGGCUAUUUAAUAAAUUAUGUCUACGGAUUUAGCUCAGAGCGAUUUUCGUAUUUUUUGACAACGCAAUUAAAGCAUAAUUAUCAUUCUUCACCGAAAGAGUAUAUAACCAAAAUUGUACGGAUUUGUCAGGAAGAUUCUAAUUACUAUUCGUAUACGGAAAUACCUGUCGACUGUAUUACGGGUGGUACUAAGUACAACUUAGUACAGGCUGGUUAUUUGGGUAAGCCAAGUGUAGAUCUUGCCGGAAGCCUUGGUAUAACAGUCCAAGAUGAUGUUUUAUUUGCAAUAUUCAGCGUUGGGGACGGAAAUGAAUCAACUGAUAACUCAGCUUUAUGUAUUUAUUCGUUGAAAUCCAUACGCCGAAAAUUUAUGCAGAAUAUUAAGUCUUGCUUUAAUGGUGUUGGAUCUAGAGGUCUCGGCUUUAUAUCGCCAAAUAUGCCGUGUGUACCAACUAAGUUACAAACAAUCGGUGAGGAUUUUUGUGGACUUGAUGUAAACUCACCUUUGGGUGGUGAGCAACCAAUCUCCGUUGUGCCGGUCGCCAAGUUCAAUACCCAACUUACAGCAGUUGCCGCUACAAGUACAAGUGGAUACACUGUCGUUUUUAUUGGUACCGCAAAUGGGCACUUAAAGAAAGUAGUGGUUGAAUCAGCGGAUUCUGCGAAUGAGUACGCUGAUAUACCAAUAAAAAUAGGAUCCACCAUUAACUCUGAUAUGCAUUUUGAUAGCCGAAAUCUUUACAUAUAUGUAAUGUCGAGUAAUGAAGUCGCCAAAGUAAAGGUUUAUGACUGCUCCGAUUACAGUACAUGUGGUGAGUGCUUGGGCGCUCGAGAUCCUUAUUGCGGCUGGUGUUCUCUUGAAAAUAAAUGCAGUCCACGUUCUAGUUGCCAGGACGAUGCAAACGACCCUUUAUAUUGGGUUAGUUAUAAAACUGGAAAGUGCACAACAAUUACAAGUGUUGUACCACAUCAGUUACAGCGUACUACAGCAAGAACUUUAGAACUGAUUAUUGAUCAUUUACCACAACUUAAGGAGAACCUCGUAUGCGCAUUCACAACUGAAGAGAAAGCUUUAUUUACAAAUGCUACUAAGAAACGGAAUGGGGUGAAUUGCACCACUCCACGUACCGACAUGUUACCACAAAUAGAACAAGGGAAACACCAUUUUACAGCGAAAUUAUCUGUACGAACUAAAGAUGGACCGGACCUUGUUUCCACCGACUUUACUUUCUUUGACUGCAGUACACAUUCAUCCUGCACUAGAUGCGUAUCUUCAGAAUUUCCCUGUGAUUGGUGUGUAGAAGCUCACAGAUGUACACACGAUACUGCUGAAAACUGUCGUAAUGAUAUUCUUGUUACUGGAGUAAGUCGCAUCGGGCCUAGCUAUAGAUCAGGGCCAGGAUUUUGCCCAACAAUUAAUGCUACUGGGGAAGGUAGUGAAAUGCUAGUUGCUGCUGGUACUAGUAAAUCUAUAAAAGUUAAAGUUCAUAUAAUCGGACAAUUCAUAGUUCAAACACGCUUUGUAUGCCAGUUUAACAUUGAAGGGCGUGUUACUAGUUUGAAUGCGCAAUUGUUAGGAGAUACCAUAUACUGUGACAACAUGGAAUUCCAGUACACAUCGCGUUCCCCGAAUUUGACAGCGACUUUUGCUGUUAUUUGGGGGGGCUCAAAGCCGCUUGAUAAUCCUCAUGACAUUCAUGUUGUGAUUUAUAGAUGUCGCGAUAUGGCUGAUAGCUGUGGAAUGUGCUUAGCUUUGGCAGAAAAAUAUAAUUGCGGUUGGUGUUCUUCCACCAAUACGUGUGAAGUAGAGGAACAAUGUAAUAAAAAUAACGAAGGUAAAACAGAUUGGCUGAAUCGCAUGGAGACGUGUCCCAAUCCCGAAAUCCGUUUAUUUUACCCUAAAACAGGACCCUGGGAAGGAGGAACCAAUAUUACGAUACGCGGUAUAAAUUUGGGAAAAAAUUUCUCUGACAUCUAUUCCGGUGUACGUAUAGCUGGUAUAAGCUGCAUGCCAUUUCAACAGUUCUAUGUUGAUACUAAAGAAAUUGUCUGCAAUGUGGACAGCCCCGGAGUUCAAUUAUAUCGGAAUGGGAGAAUAGUUGUUCAAAUUGGAGACUACCGUGGCGAAUCAAAAGAGGACUAUGAGUUUGUGGAUCCAAAAAUUACAAAUUUUUCUCCUCAAUAUGGUCCAGUUUCUGGAGGUACUCAUUUACGCAUAAUUGGUAAAUACUUGAAUGCUGGCUCGCGAAUCCAAGCUUUUAUAAAUGAGCAUUUGCGAUGCGACAUAUUAAGUGUAGACGUCACGGAAGCUAUUUGUCGCACAGCGCCUUCACCAGGAAUUAUUGAAGGUAGACUUAAAAUGUUGUUUGAUAACGGUCAACGCGAGUUUAACGAAUAUAAUUUCAAGUACGUACUUGAUCCCACUAUAGAUCAAGUUUCGUCUGGGCCAAUUAGUCAGCUCAAAGUACCUAGGGGUAUUCCAGCCGGUGGUAUUGAAAUUGUAGUGACUGGAACUCAAUUUAAUUAUAUUCAAAAUCCUAGAAUGUACGUGUAUUAUAAGAAUAAAAUAUUCUAUAGUCAGUGCAAGGUGAAAUCCGCGACACAUAUGAUUUGCUAUUCACCUGUUAUAGAAACUGACAACGAUAUACUUAAUGCAGAGAAUCCGGUGCUACUCGAAUACGGAUUCCUUAUGGACAAUGUUUUGCGUGUUCAGAAUCUGUCUAGUAUACAUAAUAAUCAUUUUGAACUUUAUCCAAAUCCAUUGUACUUCAAUUUUGAAGAGGACAUAAAAUACUACAAAAGUGAGUAUUUAACAAUAAACGGGCGAAAUUUGGACCGUGCGUGUAAAGAAACUGACGUGGUGGUACGCAUUGGUAAAGGCAUUUGUAAUAUAACUUCAUUAUCAAGGCAACAAUUAACGUGUCGACCGCCGCCGGAAUCGGCGACAGAAUCAAGCAAUGAAUCCGGCCCUGAAGUUAUAGUUAGAAUUGGGCAAUCAUUAGAAUAUCGAAUUGGAGUUCUAAGUUAUGCAUCGCCUAAUUUAAUGCAUGAUUUAAGCAAAAAUGUACUACUGGUCAUCGGCGUGGGAACCGUUGCGAUACUCAUGAUUUUUGUCGCCCUUCUGGUAGCAUAUAAAAAGAAAACUUCGGAAUCUAACCGAGUUUUGCGGAAUAUGCAAGAACAAAUGGAUAUAUUAGAGCUUCGAGUUGCUGCUGAAUGUAAAGAGGCAUUUGCCGAACUUCAAACUGAAAUGACCGAUUUAACCGGUGAUCUUACAUCUGGUGGUAUACCAUUUUUGGACUAUCGUACGUAUGCUAUGAAAAUUCUUUUUCCAAAUCAUGAGGACCACAUUGUUUUACAAUGGGAGAGGCCUGAGUUAUUACGGAAAGAAAAGGGUCUACGUCUUUUUGGUCAGCUUAUAAUGAAUAAAACCUUUUUACUACUUUUUAUAAGAACACUAGAAUCAAAUCGAUAUUUUUCCAUGCGUGAACGCGUUAAUGUGGCAUCUCUAAUAAUGGUAACACUGCAAUCGAAAUUAGAAUAUUGCACUGAUAUUUUGAAAACUUUACUUGGUGAUUUAAUCGAGAAAUGUAUAGAGGGCAAAAGUCAUCCGAAGCUACUAUUACGUCGAACCGAAAGUGUGGCGGAAAAAAUGUUAAGUGCAUGGUUCACAUUCUUGCUUUAUAAAUUUCUUAAGGAAUGUGCUGGAGAACCAUUAUAUAUGCUCUUUAGAGCUGUCAAAGGUCAAGUAGACAAGGGCCCGGUUGAUGCUUGUACACAUGAGGCUCGAUAUUCCCUGAGUGAAGAAAAACUUAUACGUCAACUCAUAGAUUUUCGCCCUAUGACCGUAUAUGCAAGUAUUAUACAACAGCCAAUUUUCUGCAACAGCAUAGAUAUGAUGCCUACGCAUACAGAAAACGUCCCAGUAAAAGUCCUUGAUUGUGACACCAUAGGUCAAGUUAAAGACAAAUGCGUGGACACAAUUUAUCGUAACAUUCCCUCAAGUCAGCGGCCACGAAAGGAUGAUUUAGACCUAGAGUGGCGUACUGGAGCCAGUGGACGCGUCAUUUUAUAUGACGAGGAUACGACAUCUAAAACGGAGAGUGAAUGGAAGAAACUAAAUACAUUGCAACACUACAAUGUUCCUGACGGAGCUGGAUUAAGCUUAGUCCCUAAGCAAAGCUCUAAUUACAACUUCUCAAUACUCUCUGACAAAAAUGAAAAGUGUCACAAAUAUGAAACAUUGAAUUUAUCGAAAUAUACAUCUUCCUCACCAACGUUUAGCCGUGCUGGUAGCCCACUAAACAAUGAUUUACAUGAAAAUGGUGUAAAAUGUUGGCAUUUAGUUAAACACCACGAUAGCGACAUUCAAAAGGAAGGAGAACGUGUUAACAAAUUGGUGUCGGAAAUAUACUUAACCCGUCUAUUAGCAACUAAGGGAACUUUACAGAAAUUUGUAGAUGAUCUUUUUGAGACAAUAUUUAGCACGGCUCAUCGAGGUUCCGCUUUGCCUUUAGCAAUUAAAUACAUGUUUGAUUUUUUGGAUGACCAAGCCAUAUUACAUGGAAUUACUGAUCAUGAAGUUGUACAUACAUGGAAGAGUAAUAGCUUGCCUUUGAGAUUUUGGGUUAAUUUGAUCAAAAAUCCAAAUUUUGUGUUCGACAUACACAAGUCAAAUAUAGUUGACUCUUGCUUGUCGGUUGUGGCUCAGACAUUUAUGGAUUCAUGUUCAACGUCAGAUCAUCGCUUAGGCAAGGAUUCCCCGAGCUCAAAACUACUUUACGCUAAAGAUAUACCAGAAUAUCGCAAAUGGGUCGAAAGAUAUUAUCGUGACAUUAGAGAAAUGCCCUCAAUUUCUGAUCAGGAUAUGAAUGCUAUGCUAGCUGAAGAAUCAAGAUUACAUACCACGGAGUUUAAUACAAAUUGUGCCCUCCAUGAACUGUAUACAUAUGCUGUAAAAUACAAUGAGCAGUUAACCGUAACAUUAGAAGAAGAUGAGUUCUCACAAAAACAACGGCUUGCUUUUAAACUGGAGCAAGUACACAACAUGAUGUCAGGAGAGUAGAGGUUGCUAAGCUUUCAGGAGGAAAAAAUUGUAUUCAGUAUAAUUUUACCAAGUUUCCUCAGUUUUAUCGUGUCAUUAGUAGAGAAUAUUUGUAUCGUAAAACAGGCAAAAGCAGAAACGUAAUUUAUCGUUAAAAAAUUUGAUUAACCAAUGCUUAAUUUAAUAACACAACGACUAUAAAUUUUAUACUCAAGCAAUAAUUCGAUACUGCCGGUGUAAGCCAAAAUAUUAGGGGGUGUUGACCUAAUAAUAGUGUCUGCAGUUUUGCUAUGAUGUUUAAUAGAUGAUAUGGUCAAUAGAUCUGUUUCUUAUGGAAAACUAAUUUUUUUAUUUUUAUUUUUUGAUAUACAUAAUUUAUUUAUAAGUCAAGUCAUGUUUAAAUUCUGUUGAACUCUAAAAGCCAAUGCAAACAAAAAAUGCAGUUGAUAUACACUAUUGAAACUUUUUAUCUCUUAUUAAAAAAAUACGUAUAAUUUGCACAGUGUAAAAACAACUUAUUGUCAUCUUGUGAUUAAUUUCUAUUUUUCUUUCGAGUUUGUAACAUGUAUACAUGCCGCCUCAUACUAUACGUAUGUCUUAAAGUUUGCAGCCAUGUUAAACAUUAAACACGUCUUUCUUCAAGUGGUGUCAAUGAAGAAUGUUUACAGUUUCUAUAAAAAAAAGUCAUGAACAAAUACAUGUAAUUAAUAUAAGAAAAUCAAAGUGAAAAGUGCAAAUCUAAAAUUAAUGAAUGCAUUUAUUAUAGAUAAACAUUAAAGAUACUCACAAGAGCUGCUGUUUAAGUAUUUCUAUAGUCUAUUUUAGUCUUUCCUUCUAUUUUUCAUCAUUUGUAGGUGGAGUUGCAUAAUAAUCACGACUACAAAUAAUAAACAUACCAUACAUAUGGAUUUAACAACAAACAUAAAAGAAAAAAGAACACAAAAUUGACUGAUUUUUUCAUAAAUUAUAAAGUAAAAUAAAUUUUUAUAUUAUACAAAUCAUUUAGCUUAACAGCAUAUAGGUAAAGUAAAUUUAACGCAUCCAGGAAUAGUUGGAAAACGAAUACGAAAGGAAAGCAUCUCAUUACUCUGCAAUUUAGAACUCGAAAAAUGUCUGCAAACUAUACAAUUCUGCUAAAAAAAUGAAGUUAUCUACCUUUACCUAUUUAUUUAAACUUUCCACAAUACGAUUUUCUUUUACAAACAUACAUAUACAGCAAUAAAAAUUAUAUUCUAUUUAUAUAUUUUAUACUAGAAGGCCGGCGACACGUUGUUUUGUUGAUCUCACCAUUUUGUUCGAUUUUUUUUUUUUUGCUGGAAUUUAUUUUUUUUAUCUACUUUUGAACGUGCGUAUCAGAUAUAGUCGGAAAUAUUGGUUAUUUCACAUCUAAAAGUCUUCCAGAAAGUGUACAAGUGAAUAUUUCGAAGUAAUCUGAACGCCACUAUUCUGAUAUACGAUUACGCACAGCUUUGUACCUCUUAUCAUCCCAUUGUUUGCCAAAAAAAAAA